UUUUUGAGUUGUUAAAAAUGCUACUAGUAAAUAGCCAUGUGGAAAAACGCGGCUGCCUAGGCAUUGUUCGGAGGUUGACCGCGGCGAAUAUGCCCAAAUCGGUGUAGUUAAGCAUUGUUCCGUGUUGAUCCGCGUAAGAUCGUCUAAUUCCUGCGUAGACCGCCUAAUUUCUUUUAUCGUCCGUGUAAAGUUGAAAUACGGUUAAUUAUUUUUUACUCAUUAUUGACAUAUUAUGUGUAAUUAUUCAUUACUAAAUAAUUACAAUUAGCUAUCAAACCCAAAACAAACACAUAAUUACUGCAUUUAGAGAUUUUUUCGUACCAAAUACACUAUAAUCUAAAUGUUUGACAAAUCAAAGAUAGGCUGUUUAAAAUUAUAUAUAAAAAAUUAUAUAAUUAUAUCUAAGAACAUGUGUCAUCAUGUUUAAAAUGAGCUAAAUAUAUUAUAAAUAUAUUAAAUUGUAUUUGAAACUAGGUUCCGCGUAACCUCUGUGUAUUCCCUGAUUUUUUGGUAACUCGCUAGGUUUGGAGUUACUGCCCGAGUAGCACGCAGCGUAGUUCCGAACAUGGGUAAAUAGGAUUGGAACUAGAAGUGUUGUCAAAUGCAAUUACAAAAAAGGUUGACAUGCUGAAAUUUCUAAACAAAUGGAUCGUUGUUGUCUAAACACAAAAGAAACUGCUUAUCGACAUUUCUAAUUUUAGUUGCUUCUGCAGAAAUAUAAUUUUCAUUGAAUUUCAUAAACGAUUAUCUAUGUUCCACUAUGUAUUCAAAUGAUAGAUGAUAUACAAGCUAACUAAAACACUUAUUAUUUGAAUUAGUAAAUUGUUUUAUUGGAAAAAGCCAGAAUAUUUUUUUUCAUAAAUAUUUUGAUGUUUUCUGUAUUUUAUUUGAAAACAACAUAAUUUUUAAUAAAAUUUUUACUAUUUUAAUUAUAUAGAUUUUUUGUUUUGUAAUUAGGAGUUUUUUUUUGUAUGCUUUUGGUGCCAUAUUAAUAGUCUAGACCGGCAGUGACAAGUUAUAUAAAUAUUCAAGGGUCUCAAGUGACAUUCUUUACCAUUGAGUUUGCACCAUGUGAUCGAGUUCCCUACCGUGUUCACCAAAUCGUACAACGAUGGCUUGCCCCGAUGAACAAUUUCCAGAGAAAUAAAGUACGCUUUUUGAAGUAGAAUAAAUUUCAUCUUAUUAAAUUUUCCUAAAUAUCAAAAGAACACUUACAAUUGAAUUAGCCAAUGCAUGACAAAGUUACAUAUUACAUGACCAAAAAACUAUGACUAACCUAAAUUUUAAAUAUGAAAAUAAUGAUAAUUGGUUUAUAGAUAAUUUACAACAAAUGUUUUUUUUUUUUGCCAACAAUUAGCUAUACUAAUUCGAUCUAGAUACCAAUUCAAAACCCCAACCGGUGGUAUAUAAUCAACAUAAAACAUAGAAGAAUGAGAAUUAGAGCACUUUUUGUGAUUUAGAACAAAGAUUAAGAAUUCAAAAUAAAUAUAUAAAUUAUGUAAUCUACUUUUCACCAUAAAAUACCAUCCAUGCACAUCUUCAUACGUAGUUCUAAAAUGGAAAAGAUAAGCAUGUAAUAUUGCGAACAACUUCUCCGCAUUCGUUAGAAAGAAAAUACUCUAAACAUAAAAAAAAGGGAAAAUUAUUUUUUAGGCCAAAAAAUGAUAAUUAGGUCUCAUUAUACUAAUCUCAUAUAUUUCAAAAUGAUAGUAAUGCCCUUAAAAUUUUAAUUUUAAAUUGUAAUUACAAUUAAUAAAUAAUUACAAUAUAUUUAGAUAUAUUUAAUAUUAUAACAAAAUAUAUUUUUAUAAUUAAAAUAACUAAUAACAAUUAAUAAAAUCUUUUAUUAUAUAUUUAGAUAUAUUUUAAUUUUAUUUUUGAUUUUUUCAUAUAUAGAAACUGAAUAUUUCCAAAUAUUUUUUUCUCAUAUUUUCGGAACUGACUAUCCUUAUCCGUAGAAUAUGUAUUCUACUAUAUGUAGAAUACAAUAAACAUGUUUGAACUCGAUUUCUACAGGUUUUAGAUUUAUAGUAAUGUGUAGAUUUCGAUUUCUAUCGAUUUUAAAGCGAUAUAGGUUAAGCGCAUAAUAUAUAUUCCAAAUAUAUUUAAAUUAUUAUUAUAUAUUUACGUAGAUCACAUAUUCUAAACAUAGUAGAUUCAAUAAAACAAGUGAAUUUCAUUUUCCACUUCGUAUAAGGUCAAUUCUACUUUAUGUAGAACAAAAUCUAAAAUAUGUUUUAAACAUUUUUAGAGCUGGAAAAAAUACCACUAAGUUAAUAUAUGUAUUUCAGCAGUAGUUACUAUUUUCUAAUUUUUUUUUGUUUGUAAAGCUAUUUAUUUGAUUUAUUUUCAAAAAUAAUAAAGGGCAUUGUAGGCAAAAUGAUACAAAAUUGAAAUUAGCCUGAUGGAACAUAUUAUCAUUUUUUUGGCCUAAAAACAAUUUCCCUUAAAAAAGAAUAGUUUUAGCUUACUGGUGUUUUUGUUUUGUAAUUUUUUUUGGUAAAUCAUUUUGUCAACUUAGAAGUUAGAAACCUAUAUAUAUAUAUAAUAAAUAAAAAAUUGAUUAAUAAAACGGAAAUAGCAAAAUUUAACUGAUUGCUUCCUAUAAAUGAGUUCUAAAUAGGGAAUAGAGAACCGUGAUGACCCAUCAGUUUGUAUUAGUGUAUAGUGGAAAACUGAAAAUGGUGAGGCAAGAAAACAUGCAUGUAUGGAAUUAGGCAUUUGUCUCAUGUGCCCAAGGGGGCCAUUCCUUUCUGACUACCAAACCAGCAACACGUUUCCCUUUUGUCAGGGCCCCGUUUCUCGUUCCGCUUCGAUCUUUUUGAUUUGAGAGGAGAUAAAUAAAUUUACCCUUUUCGAAUAUAAAUUUUAAACUCAAAACCUAAUGUUUUUUACAAACCCGCAAGAGUUCUAGAUUUAAUCUCGAUUACCAUUAAAUUUCAAUGGUUCAAAACAUCGUAUUCUUUCGAAACUCCUAAUAUAUUUACAAAAAAUAGUGUUACAAUGAUUUAUUUUGCUUGGAACUUUUAUUCAUUUUUCGGGUAGCUAGUGGCACAUGCGACAAUCUUCUAAACAUGACGACAACAAAACAUUAAACUCAAUGACCAUAUCUCGACUCUUCCAACAAGACAUGCGAGUUUAGGUAGUUUACUUCUAUAUGAUUCGCUUUUUUUGUUUGUCAUAUAUUUUGAAUUAUCAUAAUUUUCCAAAACUGACCGCGUAAAACUUUGGUUUAUCAGUCAAAAAAAAAACUUUGGUUUAGUUCAGUGCUUCAGUUCAACACUUUUGAAGUUACCAAUUCCGUUUGUUUGAUUCUUUAUCAAUUAAUCUAUUUUCUGUAUAUGCAUAUAUUAGAAAAUAGAGAAAUUGAUAACUUUACAAGUGUUGAGCUGAACCGCUGGUUUAGAGCUCGAAAUUGAAUAAAAUUUUGAAAACCAAAAAGUUCAGUUUGGUCGGUUUGAUUUUUAUUUGGUUUGCCUAGAAGUCGCAUGCCUACUUCGAACUAUAAUACUCAUGACAACUGACGGUCUCUUCGUGUAGCGAUUCUACCAUUAAGAAAUCAAAAACCCUAAAAUGCUGGUAGUAGUGAUAUUGAGUUAAUAUAAACAUAUAUAAUAAAGUAUACAUGAGGAAAAUAAAGUGGGGAGAGACGAGAAACGCGUAGAGAAAGAUGGUGACAUGGCUAUGGCCUAACCCCACAUGCAAAUCCCUCUUAUCGUGCCAUGUUGACGUUCUCUUUGGGUCCUACUCUGUUCCCUUCACCUUCAACAUCCCUUCCUUUAUUGUUGCCUCAUUUCUUGUGUUCUCAUCUUUAUUUCUAUUUUAUUAGUAUCUAAUCUACUAAUUUAUCUUUUAUCAUCUCCACAACACAAUUCUCCAGCCAGUGUCUUUCCAGUCUCCUUCCUGUCAAAAGCCUAAUUUAAAUGUUAAUUAUUUAUAAGUGUGUUUAAUUUUUAUUUUUACACAUGUUUGAGCUCUACCUCCACUGGUUAACUCAAUAUCAAAUUUAAAAAAUUUCUUUAAAUGUGAACUUUUCAUUGUGAUAUUGUCAAUAGUCACCUCAUGCACACGAGGAAAACGUGGACCAAAGGACCCGAAAUUUCUAAGAUUUACUAAAAGGAACUUUUUCAUUAUCCAUAAAAAUAGUCCCGCUUACCAGUUUACCAGAAAAGUCAUAUACUCUUUACUUUUUGGAAGUUUCUUUUUUACCAUAGUUGGCGGUAUCUUUUUGAAGAUUCCGUCCUAUCAAGUUUUAUACGUAAACUUCGUUUUAUGGCAAUUAUCAGUGUCAGUUUUCUCUUGUAACUUACUUUUCUUGAUUUGUUCGUUUGUGUUACUCUCAAGAUCGUCUCUUAUUUGCAUUGCCAAGUCAAAAGAAAACUAUAUAUAUAUAUAUAUAUUUUUCUUUCAAAAGAAAACUAUAUAUAUAUAGUCAAAAGAAAACUAUAUAUAUGGAGUAUAUAUUAACUACUUAUGGUCAAAUACAUAUCCUGCUUAAGAAAUUUUUUUCAUUGCGUUGUGUAAUAAUUUGAUAGAUCAUAAAAGAGAUUUGUCUUAGAGGAGCGCGUGCAAUAUCUUAGUUAAGAUUGGAAAGUAAUAAGUUUAGAUUAUUUGAGGUUAUUGUCCGAUCUCACGUUUGUUUGGCCAUGUGACGUGGCAUUUUCAGACCACCAGCCUCUAUAUAAAUAGGCACCCCCACCAAGCUCUUCAAUCCCAAAACACAUUCCAACUUGUAAUAAACACAAACUUUCUCUCUCUAACUCAACUUCUUUGUCCUUGUUUAGUUUUUUUCCUCUCCAUAAAUCAGAGAGAAACAAGAAAAGACAUAACUAUGGCCGUAGACUCUAGCCUCUCGUCGCCAUUGGGACCUCCAGCGUGUGAAAAAGACGCGAAAGCCCUCCGUUUCAUCGAGGAAAUGACUCGAAAUGCAGAUACGGUUCAAGAAAACCUCCUAGCGGAGAUUCUGAGACGCAACGCUGAGACGGAGUACCUCCGUCGCUUCAACCUUGGAGGUGCCACAGACCGUGAUACCUUUAAAUCAAAGCUUCCAAUCAUUACCUACGAAGAUCUCCAGCCCGAGAUCCAACGUAUUGCUGACGGAGACCGAUCUCCCAUCUUAUCCGCCCAUCCCAUCUCCGAGUUCCUCACCAGCUCCGGAACCUCAGCCGGAGAGAGGAAACUCAUGCCUACCAUUCAAGAAGAGCUCGACCGUCGCCAGCUUCUUUAUAGUCUCCUCAUGCCCGUCAUGAAUUUGUAUGUGCCAGGACUAGAUAAAGGAAAGGGAUUGUACUUCCUGUUCGUUAAGUCGGAAACAAAGACACCGGGUGGGCUACCGGCUCGACCAGUCUUAACCAGCUACUACAAGAGUGAUAAAUUCAGGUCCCGACCAUACGACCCGUACAACGUGUACACUAGUCCAAACGAAGCCAUUCUCUGUCCCGACUCCUUCCAGAGCAUGUACUCUCAGAUGCUAUGCGGCCUCCUUGACCGCCUCUCUGUCCUCCGUGUGGGCGCUGUUUUUGCCUCUGGUCUCCUCCGUGCCAUCCGAUUCCUCCAGCUUCACUGGUCUCGCUUGGCCUACGACAUUGAGACAGGUUCCCUCGACUCUGAGAUAACCGACCCGUCUAUAAGGCAGUGCAUGUCUGAUAUUCUCAAACCCGACCAGCACCUGGCGGAGUUCAUCCGCCAGGAGUGCCAGACGGAAAAUUGGGAAGGAAUCAUCACCCGGAUUUGGCCCAACACUAAGUACCUUGAUGUCAUCGUAACUGGAGCCAUGGCUCAAUAUAUCCCAACAUUGGAAUAUUAUAGCGGCGGCCUCCCCAUGGCUUGCACUAUGUACGCUUCCUCCGAGUGCUACUUUGGUUUAAACCUUAACCCGAUGAGCAAACCAUCUGAAGUUUCGUACACCAUUAUGCCCAACAUGGCCUACUUCGAGUUUAUCCCUCUUGGCGGCUCCAAGGCCGUUGAACUUGUUGAUGUAAAGAUUGGCAAAGAGUACGAACUCGUUGUCACGACCUAUGCCGGUCUAUGUCGAUACCGAGUUGGCGACAUCCUCAGAGUCACUGGCUUCCACAACUCAGCACCUCAGUUUCAUUUCGUGAGGAGGAAGAACGUCCUCCUCAGCAUCGACUCCGACAAGACUGACGAGUCUGAGCUUCAGAAAGCGGUGGAGAACGCAUCAAAGCUGCUUCUCAAAGAGUGCGGCACCCGCGUCGCGGAGUACACUAGCUACGCAGAUACAAGCACGAUCCCGGGCCACUACGUCUUGUACUGGGAGUUGUUAGUGAGGGAGGGAGAGAGGCAACCAAGUCAUGAUACUCUGACUCGGUGCUGCCUCGAGAUGGAAGAGUCGUUGAACUCGGUUUACCGGCAAUGCCGAGUCGCUGAUAACUCGGUUGGACCGUUGGAGAUUAGGGUGGUGAGAAACGGGACGUUCGAGGAGUUGAUGGACUACGCCAUCUCAAGAGGUGCGUCAAUUAACCAGUACAAGGUACCGAGGUGCGUGAACUUCACACCUAUAGUGGAGCUACUUGAUUCUAGGGUUGUGUCGGCACAUUUUAGCCCAGCUUUACCGCAUUGGACGCCGGAGAGGAGGAGGAGAUAAGGGCAGGCCCAUGUUUUUCCUUGGUGAAGUCAAAGUCAAAGGCUUUAAAUUGAUAAGCGCUUUGGUAUUGUAAUAUAAUUAGAUUCCUCGCUGGUGAUUAGUUUUUCUUUUCUUUUUCUUUUCUUAGUGUUUUUUUAUAUCUCAUCUCGUUUAUUUUUCCAUGUGGAUUCUCUGUGUGUAAUUUGUUUUCUCUUUCUAGUUGGGACCAAAAAUCCUGGUUAGAGAAGUUUUUAUAUUCCCAGGGACCAUGUAUGCUUUGAUGGAAAUUAUUGUCAUUCUAUCAGUAAAUUUGUUUGAAGAUGCA